AGGCUGGCUUGUCUUCUGCCUCGUCUGAGCCGCAUCAUGCGUCUCGCUGCAUUGCUCUCGGCGCUCGUGGCCUGUGCGUCGGCCGGUGUGCCCGCCGCACUUGGCGGCGGCCCGCUGGCUGGUGCUGCGCUGCUAGGCGGCGGCCUCGGGUCAGCCAUGCUCGUCGGCGAUGGCCUGGGCACCGCCGCUUUCGGCAACCUCGGUGGCCUCCGCGGUUUCGGUGGACUUGGGGGCCUGGGUGCUGAGGGCCUGGGUCAUGGUGGUCUAGUUGCCACCAACCUAGGAGUUGGCGCACUGGGCCUUGGCGGCCUCGGAGGCCUAGGAGGUGGAGGAGCAUUCCUACAUGCCGGUCCGACCGUGCUGAGCCCGGGGUCCGUGGCAGCAGGCCCGGCGACUGUGUCCGGCCCGACGACUGUGUCCGACCCGGUAAGCGUGUCGGCCCCCGUCUCUAUCCCGGGUCCAGUGGCCACUCCCGUAGCGUCUGUGACGUACGUCAAGCAGCCAGUUAUUAAGAUCCGCUAUGUGACGAGGCCUGUCACCACCUACGUGAGGCAGCCCGUCGCAACUGUGACGCACACCAUUAAGAAGAUCGUCAACUACAACAACGCCGGAGCACUGUUAGGACUCGGUGGCACUGGCGACUUGGAUCUCAGCGGGGAUCUAGCUGGCGGCGACGGAUUGGACGGGAGUGACGGAGGCAGUGGUGGUGACUUCGCUGGCGGCAACGGUGGCGGCGGUGGCGGUGGCGGCAGUGGCGGCAGUGGUGGCGGUGGCCGCGGUGGAAACAGUGGCGGUGGUGGCUUCGGGGGUGGAAGUGGUAGUGGAGGCGGGGGUAGUGGCUUCACUGGUGGAAACGGUGGUGGCAGUGGCUACGCUGGUGGUAGCAGUGGUGCAGGCUUCGGUGGAGAUAACGGCGGUGGUGACCUCGCUGGGGUCAGUGGAGGUGGAGGAGGUUUCUCCAGAGGUCCUGUCGGAGGUGGAAGCUUUGCUGGUGGCAGUGGGGGCGGAGGAGGCUUCGCCAGAGGACAUGGUGGUGCCGGCGGUGGCGGUGGCUUCGGAGGAAGCGGUGGUGGUAGCAGCUUUGGGGGAAGUGGUGGCAGUAGCAGCAACGGAGGAAAUAGUGGUACUAGCAGCUUCGGAGGAAACGGGGGUGGAGGCUUCGGUGGCGGUGGCUACAGAGGUGCCGGUGGUAGUGGAUUGGGAAACGGCGGUGGAUUCAAGCCUGUGCGGAUUGCAGGACGAGGACCAUCCUUCAACGUGUAUAAGAAGCAUCAUUACUGAGUCCUCAGCAAUAAGUAACACACGUAACAAAAUUGGUGGGGAGCUGCGUUUGCGUACAGCUUGCCUUCAAAGAAGUUGAUCCAAAGGAGUCAGUUCAAAAGUCACCCACCAGCUACAAGCUAGCUCAGGAACUCGUGCAUCAGGGCGUGUCAUGCGGUUCCAUUGACUGUACAGUACUCCCUUCGUCCCUCAUCAGUUUGCUGCCAUUGUUUUCGCUAAGCGUGCUUUUUGCUGUAUAAAGCUAUCAAAUAAACUUGCCUGUGGCCAUUUUUACUUGAACAUUUUCGACCUGAAGUGUACUUCAGUUUGGUUAGCAUAGGGGAUCGCUUGCUAAAGGCGCGUUUAUAGUUCGACGUUAUCGGCGCGUGGGCGAGCGUCACUCGACGCCGGGCGCGUCGGAGCGCGUUGGCCGCGUCCGGUUACGUUGGCUGCGCCAGUGCUUCGAACUAUCGGUCGAAAUAUAGACACUGUGGUUCUCGCCAGCGUGAAGUAACGUGUGCGAGCGCUCACGCUACGUCGGACUAUAUUUAACCCUUAAAACCGCAUUGAACAAAAACAUGUACCGUUAUUCUCACUUAUAUGUUUGCAACCAUACCACACACGUAUCUUACUUGGUAUCGUUGUGUAGAGAAAAUAAGCCAUUACUCGAACAUGCGUGAAUCGCGUGCACAGAUGGCGCCGUUGUUGCGCCACGUAUGACGCAAUCGAAGUUAACUUCAGUCUCUUGCUCAGCGUCCAGAGAGGCAUAGUUGGCAGUACGUUUGCCGAUCCGAGUGGGAGUUAUCUCGUUUGAGAAAGCUUACUCUGGCCAUAGUAGGUAUGCUCCAACGAACUCAAACCUGUGCUCAUCAGAAAUUAUAAGGCUCACAGUGUGCAAUUUGUUGCCGAAAUCUGACAGCUGCUCAUCUAUGGCGACCCAGCGUUCGACACAUAGGGUACAGAAAUGGCGUGAGGAGACCCGGGAGUCAAGACAGAGGAAGGCCAAUUCGUGCCCACCACCUUUGACCAUUGCGGGCCCACUCCGAAUGGGAAGCCAGUAUGAUUGCAAGAUUAGACCGUAUCAUCCCCACUAGCUGUAUCAUCAAUUAAGCUGUAAGUUUUGUAAUGUUUGUAAUGCCUGAAUAAAUGCCACUUGGGUA